CAUUGAAUUUUUUCAAAGUUUGAAGGCAAUGAUGCAGAUGACUAAUGGUGACAAAGCACAAAGGGAGUACAUUGGAGGGCAGUACUAUCAAGACUCUGUGACAAUUGUCAACAAAGGGGUUGAAAUGUUUUAUCAGAAAGUCUUGACCAUUCUCACUUGUCUUGACCUCUCCAACAACAGUUUCCAUGGGAGAAUACCAGAAGAAAUACAAGUUCUCAUGUCACUUAGAGUGCUAAACUUGUCCCAUAAUAGCUUCUCCGGAAAAAUCCCAUCAGCACUUGACAACCUAAAAGACCUUGAGUCCUUGGAUCUCUCACAGAACAAGCUCUCUAGGGAGAUUCCUCCACAGCUUGCAAGUCUAACUUUCUUGGCAGCUCUAGAUUUGUCUUACAAUCAACUUGAAGGGAGCAUACCACAAAGCAACCAAUUCAGUACAUUUACAAAUGAUUCUUACCAGGGGAACCCAAAAUUAUGUGGGCCACCAUUGUCAAGGAAAUGCAACCUAAUUCAGGGGAAGAUGAAGAAGAUUCAUGUUAUUGUGAAUGAUGUUGAAAUGAUCAUUGAUGGGAGAAUACAUCUCCGAAGCAAGUUGAAAUCCUCUUCAAGCCGGCUCAUGCUGCUGAUACAGACUCACAUAACAAUGAUAAACGGAUUAGGAAUUGCCGGUUGGGGAGAUGGGGGAACUGAAACAGAUGCAGCAAUGUUAAACAGGGUUUGGCUGAAUUCAUCUGAGGAUCAUAUAACAUUGCAGUACCUUAACUGUAAUCCGAAUGACAAGAUCGUUUCCGUCUUCCUCUCGGUUUCGUUUGCAAGGGCCAAACUCCCUAGUGUCCUGGCUGCCAAACUCAAGAAUCAAGAUCAUAAUGGCAACAACUUCAACCAUUGGAGCCGUAAGAUGACAAUCUCAGUGAAAAAAUUUAAGGAGUGGAACUGGAUUCUUCACAGAUUGCCUGGACUUAAAACCGACUUCUUAAUUUCUCGACCAUCGUUUUCAGAGAUGUCCAUCGGUGUAACACUGAGGAGGUGGGGACCCUAA